UACAGCUGCCUGAGAAGAAACAGCAAAUGUCAGCAGCAUUAGCAGCAGCGCCGCGUCAGUCCUUAAAUCUUUGGACUUGUUCGUCACACGCUGAGUUGUGGUGAGCCUCUGUCUUCGCGCGUCUUCAUGCUGUAGCCGCCUGCGCCUCCGUCCCGUGUGUUUUCAGACGCAGUUGUCGCAGCCGGCGGUCAUGGAGUGUCGUGUGCUGUCCAUUCAGAGUCACGUUGUCAGGGGAUACGUCGGGAACAAGUCGGCAUCAUUUCCUCUGCAGGUGCUGGGCUUUGAAGUGGACUCUAUCAACUCCGUCCAGUUCUCCAAUCACACAGGCUACUCCCACUGGAAGGGACAAGUGCUCACAGCAGAGGAGCUGAACGAACUGUAUGAGGGCAUCAAGCUCAACGAGGUGAACCACUAUGACUACAUCCUCACAGGUUACAGCAGGGACACGUCCUUCCUGGGAACGGUGGUUGAUAUUAUUCAGGAGCUGAAGAAAGCCAAUCCGAGCCUUGUAUAUGUUUGUGAUCCUGUUAUGGGCGACCAAGGUGCUAUGUAUGUUCCAGAGGACCUUUUGCCAGUCUACAAAGACAAAGUAGUGCCUUUGGCUGACAUCCUCACUCCCAACCAGUUCGAAGCAGAGCUAUUAACUGGGAGGAAAAUUAAAACAGAGGCAGACGCUCUUGAGGUGAUGGAGCUUCUUCAUAAAAUGGGGCCAGACAUUGUGGUCCUCACUAGUACAGACCUGCCCUCAAAACAUGGGGACCAGUUCCUUGUGGCCCUUGGGAGCCAAAAAAUAGUGAAACCAGAUGGGAUCAAGACCACUCAGAACAUCUGCAUGGACAUCCCCAAAGUCGAUGCUGUAUUUGUGGGGACAGGAGACCUUUUUGCCGCCAUGUUGCUUGCCUGGACUCACCUUCACCCCAAGGACCUAAAGGCUGCCUGUGAAAAGACUGUGUCAGUGAUGCACCAUGUCAUUAAGAGGACCAUUGCUUACGCCAAUGAGAUCGCUGGUCCCGGGAAAAGGCCCAGUCCUGCACAACUGGAGCUGAGGAUGGUUCAGAGCAAAGCCGACAUCGAGAAUCCUGCCAUCGUAGUGGAAGCAAAGGUUUUAGAAAAGUCCUCUCACUGAAGGCAGUAGCAUUGUGUGUGUGAACAUUCACAUCGUGCUGGUACGAAUCAGUUUAGAAUCUGGGCGCUCCGCCAGACACAUGUAGGAUUUUCACAUCAAAGACUGUAACAUGUCUCUGCCUUACUCUCUGAGGGAGUACAACUAUGUUUUGGGGUCAGUAGGAUUUGUUGUAUGCACAUACUGGAAUCACUGCCAUGUGUCUGUACUAUGGCCUUUUUAGAUGGUACCCACUAUGAUCAAGAUUAUUUUGUGCGAUUAAAACAUUUCAUCUUGUUUAAAGGUUCAGUGUGUAAGAUUUAGUGACAUCUAGUGGUGAAGUGUCAUGUUGCAGCUGAAUACCCCUGCCCUCACCCUCCCCUUCCAAACAUGAAAGAGAACCUGU